UAACAGCCCCCUUAUAGUCCUCAUGCUGAUCGCAGUGCGUUUCGGUCACAGCGUGCGCUCCCAAGUGCUGGCAAUGAACAUUGUCGCCAGCUAAUCUGCUAUCUCUCUGCCAAUGGAGGCAAUAAAAACUCGUCAGGGCAGCGCUGUUUCCUUUUAGCCGCUGAAGCGCCGAGCUUUCGGUUGGCGUUUGUAUAGAGUAGUUGGGUCAUUUCAUUGACGGCCGGCAAUCGUUGAAGUCGCGCGCAGCCAACUAUACCGAAACAAGCCGAAUCUCAAGAGUAAAUUGGACUCGCGCCUGCUCCACAUAUGUAUUUCGCAUUGUCGGGUAUUAUCGCUGGCGCUUAUCUGAAAGCAAAUAUUGGUUGUCUUUCGAUUAAGGGGCAAGGAAACUAAGCGUCUGUGCGUACGUACUACUACGAAUUCCAUCAGAUCUGCACUGGGCAGAUCUCACGGCCUAGGUGCGCGCGUGCGCUCUCUCUCGCUCGCGAUCGCUCCGUAACUGGGUUGCCAUCUUAUCAGAAGAAAAGACAAAAAGAGAGAGAGAGAGAGAGUAAAGAGCUGUGCAAUGAGUACGCUGGAAGCUUGGGACUAUGCCAUCCUGGCCGUGGUCCUCAUCAUAUCUAUAGGCAUCGGUGUUUAUUAUCGGUAUGUGGACAACAAACAGAGCAAUACCACGGCGUUUUUUCUGGCUGAUCGUUCCAUGGGCGUAACACCAGUGGCGUUCAGCUUGAUGGCCAGCUUCAUGUCGGCGGUCACAAUACUUGGCGUCUCCAUGGAGAUCUAUCAGUAUGGCACCAUGUUCGUCAUCAUCAAUAUCUCGUAUGUGCUGUCAACGCCCGUUGCCGCCUAUCUAAUACUGCCAGUAUUUUAUCGCUUGAAAACGGCCAGCGUCUAUGAAUAUCUGGAGCUGCGCUUUGGCUAUGCCACCCGUUUGGUGGCCUCGGUGACCUUCUCGCUCCAGAUGAUACUCUAUAUGGGCAUUGUGGUCUAUGCACCCGCCCUGGCGCUGGAGGCAGUCACCGGCCUCAAUCAGAUCUUCUCCGUGCUGAUUGUGGGUAUCGUCUGCACCAUUUAUGCCACAAUGGGUGGCAUGAAGGCGGUGCUCAUAACGGACAUAUACCAGUCGAUCCUGAUGUUUGUCUCUGUCUUCAGUGUGAUCAUCUACACGGGCAUCAAGGCCGGUAGCUUUGAUGUCGUUUGGAAAGCAGCGCAGGAGUCCGGCCGCAUUGACUUCACCAACUUUAGCGUAGAUCCCACAACUCGACACUCCUGGUUCACACAGGUGCUCGGCGGCAGCGCAACCUACCUGAGCCUAUACGGCGUGAAUCAAGCGCAAGUGCAACGGCUGCUGGCCGUGCGCAAUCUGCGAUCAGCGCGCUCCGCUCUCUGGUGGUGUUUGCCCAUCUUGUGCCUGCUAAGCCUCAGCACUUGCUUCUCGGGUCUGUGCAUCUAUUGGUACUACCGCAACUGUGAUCCGCUGUUGGCUGGGCGCGUCAGCUCGCGGGACCAGAUCAUGCCGCUAUUUGUGGUGGACACCAUGGGUAGCUAUACUGGACUGGCGGGUCUCUUUGUGUCCGGCAUAUUCUGUGCCAGCCUGUCGACGAUCAGCACAGCGAUCAGUUCGCUGGCUGCUGUCACGCUAGAGGAUUACCUAAAGCCACUGAUGCGCAGCUGUAGGAAACGCACGCUCACGGAUCAUCAGACCAUGUGGUACUCCAAGCUGUUGUCGGCCUUCUUUGGCGCCCUCUGCAUUGGCAUGGCCUUCCUGGCCGGCUCCAUUGGUGGCCUGCUGCAGGCGGCUCUUUCCAUUUUUGGCAUCAUUGGCGGCCCCCUGCUGGGGCUGUUCACGUUGGGCAUGUACGUGACGUCGGCCAAUCAGAAAGGCGCCAUUGGCGGCCUGCUACUGUCGCUAGCCGUUUCCUUUUGGAUUGGCUUCGGUCAGCCAAAGCCGCCCAUACCCAGCCUGGAGAUGUCCAUUGCCGGCUGCCCGGCUGAUCGCAGCUAUGCCGCCGACAUAUUCCUCCUGCAAACCGACACUGCACACUUCAGAGAGAGUCCUGAGCCCGAGCCCGAAUCCUCGUACUUCUAUCUCUACCGCAUUAGCUACAUGUGGUAUGCACCCAUUGGCUUCGUCAUUUCCCUGUUUGGCGGCUGGCUGCUCUCGUACUGCAUGGCCGCCUUUAAGUGGGACAACAAUCGUCGCAUCUACCACGACGCCGAUUGCACGCUGAUCAAGCACGAUCUCUUUGUGCCGCCCAUAGCCAAGCACCUGCAGCGUCGCCAAAUGCCACGCCUAGUCGUGACCAGCACCACCAGCAGCGGCAGCGGCAGUGGCAGCAACAGGAGCAGCUACAGCCACAAGGAGUCCAAAAGCGAAAAGUCACACACACAAAUCUAAUUUAUUGAACUCUUCAAGUCUUCUCUUUCGUUAGUUUUUUUUUUUUUUUUAUUAAGUGCAGCG